AUGGCCUUUGCCAAGAAGUUCUUUAGGGUUAGGGAAAAGACACCUUUAGGUUUCUGUGAUGGUCCCCAAAUGACUGUCUCUGAGUUUCUCUUCGGUGAAUAUCCCAACUAUCCAAAAUACCAUACAACAUACAGACCCGUGGGGCAGAUCCACCGGGUUGCCGCGGAGGGAGAUGCGGGCCGGAUGGAGAUUCUCAUCAUGCUUGGACAAUGCAGCGUGUUCGACAGGGACCACAAGAACAGGACAGCUUUGCAUUUUGCCUGUGUCUAUGGCCGGCUCCCAGUGGUGAACAUUCUAUUGAAAAACAAUUGUGAGAUCGAUGCUUUUGACCAGAGACAAAUCACACCUCUGAUGAAGUCUGUCCAAUGCUGGAAACAGAAGUGUGCGGCCGUUCUCCUGGAGCACGGCGCUGAUCCGAACAUUCGGGAUAGCAGCGGCAACUGCGCGCUGCACUAUGCUGUGUACAACGGGCACGAAGACAUGGCCGCAUUACUGCUUGAAUACCACGCCGAUAUCGAACAAAAGACCAAAGAUGGGUUCACACCACUUUUGCUGGCACUCAGAGAAAAGAGGGUAGAGGUGGCAGAAUUUUUAGUCAAAAAAGGAGCAGACAUACAUGUUGUAGAUGACAUGCAAAGAAACACCUUGAUGUAUGCUAUACGAUGUGGAUCAAAAGAUAUAGCCAUGUUACUCCUUCAAAAAGGCAUUGAUUUCUUCUACAAGGAUGUCUUUGGAUGGACAGCGUUACGCUACGCUGUCGAAGGUCAUUGUACUUUUAGACAGAUGCUUCUGGAUUUUGAGGAAAACAUACAUAAUAACAAAAAAGAUAAUGAACCAGGGCAUGCUCUGCCAGUAGAGGCUCUAGGCUUCCACCUCCUGGUGAAAGAUCUGGGGUUGCCCUUACUUCCUGAUCUACUACCUGCCAGGAUUGUGGCCACAGAGGAGGACAUUGUAGAACAAAUGGAUUCUGGAAAUGACUCAUUGGCCAGGAUUUCCGGUUGUUCUAGUCCCGGGCUUCCCUUGCCUGUCGUGAAGGAAGACGAGUGUAGCUGUGACACCAAGGUCAAAUGCCCCUCUGCAGAGUGCGCUUCCUUGCCCCAGCAGAGUAUCUCUGAGAGUGCUCCUCUGAGCUGUGCUGGCAGUUUAUCUUCGGCUAUAGACAAAAUAUUUGAAAAUUCGGCAAGAAGAAAAGUGACAGUGUCCCAGGCUUCCAGUGUGGGGUCUCUGCCAGAAGGAUUUGCAGAGGGAGGUUCUGAUACUCGUGUGAUUUCUCCACAGUUUAAAGAUGCUGUUUGGAGAACCGGGUGCAGUGCUGCACGCCUGCAAUCCUCGAUCCGGAGAGACUCUAACUAG